UGUCUGUGUGUGUGUGUGUGUGUCUCAGUGCAGUUUAAAGUUGAAUUUACAGACAAAUGUUAUGUCUCAUGGUCAGACGACAUAGACAGACAUUAUUAUUACAUAGACAAAUAGACGUGACAUAAGUUUGGCACAUAUGGAACCCGAUACUAUGCACUCUUUUUGGGGAGAUAUUUUACCUGCUGCCUCUGCAGGGCUCUGCGCCGUACCACGGUGAGGGAAGAGCAAAUCUCUUAUCAUGGAAAGGAAGCCCCCUCCCUCCUGAGAUGUGGAGCAUCACUGAAAGAGGAGAGCUUCUACGUCACAUUUCCUCUGAUGAAAGUGAAAGUCAGUCUCAGAGACUGCAGUGCUGCGGUCGAGACAAGUCUGAAGACAAAUUCAACUGAAUCCAUCAAGUUUUUGUCAACAAAGCAGCAGAAUCUCUGUCAAACACUGACAGAUGACGGGUUGGACAGCAGAAGAGUCAGAAAAGUGAACUGCUGUUCAUUUUGUCCAGUUCAGACUGAGCGGUGGCCUCUAAAGCCAGUGGGAUGAUGGAGGUGGCAGCGCUAGGCCGGCCUUUCAGCCUCGGGAUGUUAUACGACUGCCGUGAAGACUCACUCGUCCCUGGAAUGACACUGUGGGACCAUGAUGAUCUGAAGAGAAAAAUUAGCGACAUACCACAGACCUAUAGUGACUUUGAGAUAGUUGCAUCUGAAUCAAUUGCAGAUAAAUCUAAAGCACUAAAUGUUGAAGCUUCUCUGAAAGCAAGUUUCUUCAGUGGACUGGUUGAGGUUGGAGGAUCGGCAAAAUACCUGAACGAUCAUAAGACUUCCAAAAAUCAGGCCAGAGUAACACUGAAUUACAAAGCUACCACAAAGUUCCAGGAACUGUCGAUGGAUCAUCUUGGAAGAGACAAUGUGAAACAUCCGUAUGUCUUUGAUAAAGGAUUAGCAACACAUGUAGUCACUGGUAUCCUUUAUGGGGCACAAGCCUUCUUUGUCUUUGACCGUGAGGUGUCUGAAAAGGAAGAUCAUCAAGACAUUCAGGGUAACUUGAAAGUCAUGAUCAAGAACAUUCCCAACCUUGCGAUAGAGGGUGAAGGUUCGCUGAAAAUGGAAAAUAAGGAGAGAGAAAAUGUUGAUGAAUUCUCCUGCAGAUUCUUUGGAGACUUCUCCCUUCAGAAACCUCCGACAUCCUUUCAGGAUGCAGUGGAAGUCUACCAAAGUCUGCCAAAAUUGCUGGGAGCCAACGGAGAAAACGCCGUACCGAUGAAAGUCUGGCUGUUGCCACUGACAACUUUAGAUUCUUCUGCUGCUAAACUCGUACGUCAGAUAAGUAUAACAUUAGUUCAAGAAUCCCAGCAUGUCCUGGAGGACUUCAGUGAGCUGGAAAUGAGGUGCAAUGAUGCAUUAAAAACCACCACUGCACAGAAGUUCCCACAGAUUGGCAAAAAGAUUACAAUUUUUAAAGAGAUGUGCUCUGAGUUCAGACUGGAACUUCAAGGAACCUUGGCAAAGAGACUUCCAUUAAUCCGAGGAGGAGGAGAAGAGGAGGCUGUGCUCGCUGAGAUCUUGAAGAAGAGAUGCUAUUCUCCUUUCAACAGCAAAAACCUGAACGAGUGGAUGGACUGUAAAGAGAGAGAAGUCUGCAUUUUGAAGUCUUUCACCAACAUGAUGAAAAACACCAAGAUCGUUCCAUCUGAAAAUGGUCUUCAUGAAGAACGUUUCAGUGCAGAGCAUGCUGUGUGUUUUGUUUUCACCUCGCUGGGAAGUGCUGAACCAUACCUCUCAACUUUAUCAAACUACUUAAAACAAACACUAGACGACCCUCAAGAUCCACGCACUCAGGAUGUAGAGAAGAAACAAUGGUACGCCUCAAAAGAAGUAGCAGAUGUGAUGAGGCAUAAAGCAAAGCUCUUCAGUGACUUUGCAGAGGCCAACAAGGAGAACAACAACAUUAAGUUCUUGACAGUGGGAUUAACAAAUGAGACACAGAAAGGUUCAAGCAUCUACCUUUAUAAAGACGGCUUUCCAGACAAUGAGAACUUUGAGCCGCCUUCAAAGCCUGAAACGGUAACAGUAGGUGAUAUAAACCACAACAGUGUGACACUGAAGAUUUCUCCACCCAGAUUUGGAGCAGAGAACAUCACCUCCUACUCUGUUGAGUACUGUGUCACUGGAGAGGAUGGAUGGAAACAGAAGACAGCAUCAACAGCUGAAGAAGUCUCAGUGAGCGAUCUGAGUCCUAAGACAGAGUAUAUGUUCAGAUGCAGAGCAGUGACCUCAGCAGGUUGGGUUGGGCCAGCCAAAGAAGUCAGUGGUUCCAUUAAAACCUUCCCUUGCAGCCCUCCUGGAAAACCUCAAGUUGAACCAAACUCAAGUGAGAUAUCAGUUAGCUGGGGAAAACCUGCUGAGCUUGGACAAGAUGUCCACAUCCUGAGCUACAUCGUGGAGUACGCCGUAAAGGAUAACAGGGUGAAAGAGGAAGAUCUCCAAUGGAGCCAAAUGAUGUCAAGAGCUGAAAAGGCGAUCAUUUCAGGGCUUCAUUCAGAGACAGAAUAUGUCGUCAGAGUCCGAUGUGAUUGUGGUGUAGACGGCAGAAGCAAAGAGAGCAUCACUGUCAAUGUCUGCACAACAACAUUUACACUCACAGAGUUCCUCAAAAGUACAAGUGAAAUGAUGAACCCUGAAUCACCCUCAGUUUAUCAACUGACUCUGACAGAAGAAGAUAUGGACAUCGAUGGAUGCCGGAGGUUUAACUUUGGCAAAGAAAGCACGAGGCAAAAUCGCACUAUUGUGCUUUUUGGAGCGACCGGAUCAGGAAAGUCCACUCUGAUAAAUGGAAUGAUCAACUACAUCGUUGGUGUGGAGUGGGAGGACACUUUCAGAUUUCAAUUAAUUGAUGAGGAUCAACUGAGAUCACAAGCUGAAAGCCAGACCUCUGAAGUCACUGUGUACCAGAUCAACCACCAGGAUGGUUUUAAAAUAGAUCACUCACUGACCAUUGUGGACACUCCAGGGUUUGGAGAUACAAGAGACAUAGAAAGAGACGAGGAGAUCAUUGAACAUCUGCGUAAUCUCUUCUCUGCUGAGCACGGCGUCAGUGACAUUGACGCUGUGUGUUUUGUAGCUCUGGCUGCUUUAGCACAACUCACACCAUCACAGAAAUAUAUGUUGGAAUCUGUGCCCUCAGUCUUUGGCGAAGAUGUGGCGGAAAACAUCCGGAUUCUGGUGACACUUGCAGAUGGCCAGCAACCACCAGUUCUAGAGGCAAUCAAUGCUUCAGGUGUCCCAUGUCCUAAAACAAAAGGCGGGCCGCCAAUUCACUUCAAAUUCAACGAUUCUGCGUUGUUUGCAGACAACAAAUCAUCUGCAGCAGACAACAUGAGUGAUGAAGAUGAAGAUGGGGGCUUUGAACAGAUGUGUUGGAACAUGGGGACAAGAAGCAUGAAGAGGUUCUUUGUUGCUUUGAAUGUCAUAGAAACCAAAAGCUUGACAAUGACAAAGGAGGUCCUCAGUGAAAGAAAGCAGCUCGAGAAUACAUAUGAGAACUUUCAGAAGCAGGUUAAAGUUGGGUUAGCUAGGCUUGAAGAGAUAAGUGAGACAGCUGCAAUACUUCAACGUUGUGAGGCAGAGAUCAACAGAAAUCAGAACUUUGAGUUUGAAGUCACCUUCACAAUGCCUGUUAAAGUAUAUAUUUCUGGUACUGGAUCUCAAAAGUACAGGUGGGAGAAUGAGGAGGUUAAACAAAAACGCACGGUGAAAAAGCUGAAAGAAAAGUACCUACGACCUUCAGAGGCUAAGACACCUGCUUGGCCGUUGGUUGUAGAACUGGAGGCUGAAUAUUAUCGUGUGAAGGAUGAGGUGGUGAAACUGUUGGAGAGCUCUGCUGAGUGUUUAAACAGACUUAAAGAGAGAACACUGAAGUCAGAUCCUCUCUCCACUCGAGGGUACAUUGACAUGCUGAUUGAGGGAGAGGAAUCUGAGGCAAAGUUAGGCUGGAAUCAUCGAGCUUGGUACCUGAGAGACAUACGAAGAAAACUUGAAAGAAAGCCAGUGUUUAGAGCACUUUUCGAAGAUCUAUACUUCAGGUUUCCAAUGAAAAUACCAUAACUAGACUCAAACAGAUACUAUCAUGUCAAAGGGGAGAUCCAUUCUGACACAGAUAAUACACAAAGAACAAAACCGGACAGACUCUCGAUACUGACACUAAAUGUCUUCGUAUAAAAUGUUACUGGAAAGUACAUUUAAAUCAGAAGAACAAAUUUGAGUAAAAUGAACUUAAAGAACAAAGAAAAGUACCUGAAAGUCUCAGAGGCUGAGACACCUGUUCAUUGAUUGUAAAAAGCUUGUAAAGCUCCACUCAACAAUAAUAACUUGUUUUAUUUUCUAUUUUUUACAUAAAGGUUUAAAUUUAUUUCAAUUGCACCCAGUUAACAUUGUUCAUAUUUCUUUUGCACUGGGUUUUCAGCUUCCUGCUUAUUUUAACAUUAUCUAUUAAGUUUAUUUUGUCUGAGAUUUGAAUGCAUGAAUCAUUUUAAUCAUUUCUGAUACUGAUGUGUACUGACAUACAUUUUAUUGUUCUGUGGGGUAAUGUGGUGGCUCCCACUGAAAGAUGGAGAAAUCAUUAACUAAUAAACAAUCAAGAAAUGUUA